CUGAGAACGAGCAUAUUUCAUUAAGUUGAUGACCUGCAACUAUGGCCCAGUAUAUGGAUUCUGAUUAUCCUCUUACCGAUAAGUUCCCUGACAAGAGUGAGCGCUCAAUGUCACUACCUUACAACUCAGUGGACCUUGAAGAGCAUAUCAAGCCACCACUCAAUAUUAAAGAAGUCAUUUUGAAGAAAACUGAACACUGCUGUAGAAGUACCCCAGGAAAAUUAGGCAGAUUUUUAUUUGAACUUUUCCCCGUACUUACUUGGCUUCCUCGCUAUAAGAUUAAGGAAUACUUACUAGGUGACAUUGUGUCUGGAAUCAUAGUUGGCCUUAUUACCAUUCCUCAGUCCAUUGCGUAUUCACUGUUGGCAAGCCAAGAUCCCAUUUAUGGCAUAUACUCUAACUUUUUUUGCUGUAUUAUCUACUUUUUGAUGGCUACAUCUCACCAUAAUUGUGUUGGCACAUAUGGGGUUCUGUGUCUGAUGAUAGGCGAGUCAGUAAACAAGCACCUAAAAGCAGCAGGUUUCCCUGAAGAGGGUGACAUGAUAUUAAAUUCAACACUUGUCAGCAAUGGAACUGUAUGUGAUCGAGGCUGCUAUGCGAUUAUGGUAGCCACGUCUUUAACUUUUAUGGUUGGACUUUACCAGGUGCUUUUGGGAUUCUUUCGCCUAGGUUUUAUCUCAAUGUAUUUAUCUGAACCCUUACUGAGCGGCUUUGUUACUGGGUCUUCACUCACCAUCAUAACCUCCCAGAUUAAAUAUAUUUUAGGCUUAAAGAUUCCUCGUCGUGACGGUGUUGGGGCAGUGAUUAUGACAUGGAUUGAUGUUUUCUCAAACUUAAAAACUGUCAACAUUUGUGACUUAGUGACAAGUGUUGUUGCAACAGUUGUUAUGCUACCAAUCAAAUUCCUUAAUGAUCUAUAUAAGUCUAAGAUGAAAUUUCCAAUUCCAGUUGAGCUGUUUGUUAUCAUUGUGGCCACUUUGGUUUCCCAUUUUUUUAAUUUCAAUGGCAAGUAUAACUCAUCAAUUUGUGGAACAAUUCCUACUGGAUUUCUGCCCCCAAAAGCACCACAGUGGGGUUUGAUUCAAAGAGUCGCAACUGAUGCAAUCCCCAUUGCUAUAAUUGGGUUUGCAAUGACAGUAUCCCUGGCUGAAAUAUUCGCUAAAAAACAUGGGUAUACUGUCAGUACUAGCCAGGAAAUGAUAGCUGUAGGCAUGUGCAAUCUGAUCCCAUCUUUCUUUUACUCUUUUGCAAGUUGUGCUGCUCUAGGCAAAACCCUACUUAAAGAAUCUACUGGUGCCAGCACUCAGCUCAAUGGGAUUGUGUCUUCCAUAGUAUUGGUACUAGUACUUCUAUCUAUUGCGCCACUCUUCUACUCACUGCAAACCUGUAUUUUAGGAAUUAUCACAGCUAUUAAUUUUAAGAGUGCAAUUAUGAAAUUUGGAGACACUCCAAAAAUGUGGAGGAUUAGCAAAAUGGACACAAUCGUAUGGUGGGUCAGCAUGUUAGCUUCUACUGUGAUUUCUUCUGAGAUUGGACUGUUGGUCAGUGUCUGCUUUUCCAUGCUGUGUGUGAUAUUUCGUACACAGAGGCCAAGGGCUACUCUUUUAGGCCAAGUCAGUGGAACAGAGAUUUACGAAGAUCAGCUUAAAUACAAACAGUUGGACAAUGUGCCAAAUAUUAAAAUAUAUCGAUUUGACGGUUCUCUGUACUAUGCCAACAAGGAUUAUUUUAAAUCAACCUUGUAUAGCAAAACUGGUGUUAACCCAUCAUUAGUGUUAACUUUACAAAGAAAAGCCAAAAAGGAAGAGGAUAACACCAAUACACAAGCGAAGUGUAGUUUUUUUUCAAAGCUGAAUAUAAUUAAAAUAGAAUGUAAACCCCACAAAUCUACUGAUACAUCCAUCCCAGAAAUUAAUAUGCAUUCGCUUAUAAUUGACUGUAGUGCUAUGCAGUUUGUUGAUAGUGUAGGGCUCUCUGUGCUCAAAGAGAUCCGCAAUGACUAUGGGGAGAUUGGUAUUCGGGUGUUUCUAGCAAACUGCAAUCCUUCAGUCCGCCAACUACUUCACAGAGGUGAAUUUUUUAGCGGAGCCAAUAACUGUAUUGGUGAACAUGCAUUUCACAGUGUUCAUGACGCAGUAACAUUCGCUGAGAGGCAGUUCGAAAAGGAAACAAGGUUAAAACAUAAUGAAGGUUCCUUCUCAGCUACUACUGAAGGAGGCAAUGAAGGUACAAAACAAUGAAAUACUUUUACUGCAAGCGAGUAUUUAAUAAUAAUUGCUUAUCUUGUUGCAAGCAUUAAUAUUUUUGCUUAUUUUCUGAACUGAUAUAAAGAGAACUUACAAACCUCUAUGACAUGAGAAGAUCACUUUAAUAUUUUUAUAUUUAAACAUACACACGUUUUAAUCAGAACUGACUCGUUUCAUUUAUUUUUUAUUUUUUUAGAAUAAGCUGCCAUGUGUGGUUACAUGAGGAAUAGUACUAUUUCUGACCAAUACAUGACUUGUAUCUGGAACUUUUUGGCAGUCUUUUCACUCAGUAGACUGUAAGGGCGCAUUCACACAACCGUAGUGUUUAGAGGUCCGCAAAUUGCAGUUCCACAAAACACAUAUAUCAACCCAUGUGCAUUCUGCAAUUUGCGGACCCCACAUGACCGGAACUGCUAUAGAAAUGAUCUAUUUUUUUUCCGAGGCCACUACGGAAAAGAUCACACCUUGGGCUGUCCGCAUCUUUUACGGUCCCAUUAAAAUGAAUGUGUUCGCACAUGUCCCGCAAAAUGUGUGGUUAAAUUGCGGAUCCGCAAAACAUGGAUACUGACCCGUGUGCCGGCACUGCGAUACGAAUGCUGUAUCUUUUUUUGUGGAGCCGCAGAACGGAGGUAUAGAUGCGGACAGCACACGGUGUGCUGUCCCGAUCUUUUGCAGCCCCAUUAAAAUGAAUAGGUCCGCACUCGUUACGCAUACGGCUGUGUGAAUGUGUAACGCCCCAGAGUGGCAUUACCACUCCUAUGCCCUGCUUCUAUCUGUGUAUGCUAAUAUCAUUUCAUCUAUGCAUUUAUUCCAAGUCAUCCACAUUGUGCAUUUCCUAUUUCUAUGAAACUGUAUAUGUUCAUGUAAUGUACCUGGUUCACCAGUAGGUGGCAGCAAGCAUGGCAGAGCUACAGAGAGAAUGGAACCCUUCUUUCCAUUCUAACCCUCUCUAUAAGGAAGGGUGGAGACUAGUUAGUUAGAAGUCAGUCCUAGCUUACCCCAAGCUAGGUGAAGGUGUGCAGGGCCACAUCUCUUCAGGACAUGCCCAGCCAAUCAAAGAAAACCAGCUAGAGCACCUUCAGCUCUGCUGGAUAUAGAGGCCAUAGCUUGGAGCCUCAGGAGCCAGGAGGAAAAGUUCCCUGGACAAAUCUAGUGUCAAACUAGAGAAGAAAAGUUGCAGAAGCAGAGACUCUAUUUAAGCCUGUCAGUACAGCAGAGUCAGAGAGCAACCGAUGUAGCAGAGUUGAGUUUGUUUUCCUGCCACAAUUAAUGCUAAAGCCUGCUGGGAACCAAGACAAAGUCUGUACAUCGUUUGGAGAAAUAUUUAUGGAAGGUAAAGCUGUUUUUCAACUUCAUCACAAUGUCUGGACUCAAUUUAUUCUUCAGCCCACAAUUCAACUACCUUCUUUGUCUGCUUCAGAGCCAACGCCUGGCGUUCCAGCAUAUCCAGGUGGGAGCACCGUGGCACGUGCACAAAACAUUUAAGGGAUAUUAUAGGCCACCCUAUACUACUCGGCCAUUUCUACACCUGGGUACCACCAACACCAUUUCUUGAAGGGACUCCGUCCUAUUGUUGCUUUAUUGCAACUAGCAUCACAAAACACUUAUCUCAUCUUAAAGGGACCCCUUGCGUACCGUUCCUCUGUUGCAAAUGUGCACAAAUUUUCAGUAGAGUCUAACUGGUUUCAUGUCUGCAGAUACACAGGACAUGAAUGAACAGGAGAUACUCCUGCCUAACUCUUUAUAGAACGACUGGAAAUGGAGGUCAUACACACCAAAACUAAGCUGUUUAGUUGUGUAUUUAACAACAGCAGUCUCUUUGUCAGUCUCCAAGUCUAUGUCCAUCUGCAACUUUCUCCUUUCCAUAAACUUCUAUGUAAUCUGAUCCUGCAGGCAGGCUUUCUUAACUGAAAAUAGAUCUGGGCAAUGAAUAUAAAGUUUCCGAUAUUCAUCUGUACAAUUUGUUUAUGGGUAAAAAAAUAAAAAAAUAAAUGACCGCUAGGCCUUUACCACUAUCAAUUCUUCCUAAGUCUGAUUGAUAAGCAUAUUUGCCAAAUUGGGAUACACUUGUAAAUUCCAUCCCAGUUUGAACUGCAAAUGCGGUCUGGUUCAUAGGCAGUCCUACAAAAAAAUUUGACUGAAAAAGUGUGGACAUUUCAGAAAUACUCAUUAUGGAAAAGCCCACUAAACAACUUUACAUAAAUCAAUAGUGCAAGUGAUAAUAAGAAACUCUUAUUAGAAAAAAAAUCCCUUUGCUCCUCCCUCCGCCUCCUAAAUUAUUUAUUCACACUAAAAUUACUUAUCCAAAACCUCUCCAGAUGGUACAUGGCCUUAUAUUCUCACUGACAGAUCAGGAUAUAUGCUGUCCUAAACCAGAAUAAAGUUUAAAAAUAAA